AUGUCGUUCCGCUCCUACGUUCCCUCCUUUCCCUCCAUCCUCUUCGCCCUCGUUGUUGUGAGCGUCAUCUCCUCCAAGGUCUUACACAUCUUUCACCAUAUCCAGUCUUUGCCCUUCCUCUACUUUGUCGUCUAUUCCCCGACUUUGGUGAUUCAGGAUGUCGUGGUGAUUUCUGUUUCUCGUCUGCUGCUCAACUCUCCAGAGUCUCGUUGGCAAUGGCUCGCGUGCUCGGCGGGCGCCAUCUUGGCACUCUUUGCCUGGUUUGCUGCGUCUGUCCAGUUUGGGUUCUGGUUUGAGACAGGCGCCGAGGUCCAGUGGGCCGCGUCCAAUAGUUUCAUAUCAGACCCAGCGGCUAUGAAGAUCUUGAUGAGCGGUAUUUCUAGCGUCACAGCCGCCGGUACCAUCAUAUUUCUCGCCGCCUUUGUUAUCAAUUCUCGACUGUAUUCCAUCAGUGGCAGCUGGCUGCGGGCGGUUCGGGAUCGAUGUUGGGUUACCCUGCGGGAGCCUCGGGCUUUGCUUCCAUUCAGUAAAACUCCCGGUGACCGACGAUGCGCCUAUACAACGAUCAUUCCGAUCACGGCCCUGGCCAUCUCGCUCUUUUUUUUGGAAGUCACCCGCCCGGCCGUGCCAUAUGACCAUCUUUCGCGUGCAGUGCCGUUGAAUAUGUUGGAUGCCUUGCAUAGACCUUCGAUGGAGAACUGUCCCCCGCCACCCUUGCCUUUUCCUUUUCACGGCAAGGGAGGACCCCAUCACCAUCACCAUGGGCCUCCCCCUCCCCCCCCUGGUCCUUUUGGGUUCCCUCCCCCACCGCCACCGCCGCCUCCACAUCACUUCCCGGUACGCCCAUCAUGGCUUCCGGAUGAGGCGCCACCAGGAUUCCAGCGUUGGAAUAUCAGUGACACACGUGACGAUCAAGAAUUUGGUAUCCAACCUCAAUGUCCGGGCGUACCGUUUCAACACUACAAUGCCGAGAGAGACCCAAUGAAAGUUUCCAACACCGGUGAGGAAGUUAUCGAAACUUUGAAGCAGGCCUUCAAAGAGAACUCGGUCGAAAUCCACCAUGUUGUGCUCGUGACGUUGGAAAGUGGGCGGAAAGAGCUGUUUCCCAUGCAAGCCGGAACUCCUCUGUACGGCUACAUUGUCGAAUCGCACCCAGAGAAAGAUAGGAAGGCGGCCAUCGACACGCUGUCUCAGAUGACUCCUGUGGCGCAGAUGCUCACCGGAGAGUAUGCUUUGGACAGCGCAGGUCAAACCAAUGAUUUCAGCGGUGAGCCCUGGGCGAAUUCGUCAGUACCAGGCAUGGGUGGAAUCAAUGUGAAGGGAGCUCUUACCCCGAGUACCUUGACAUUGAAGAGUAUUCUCGGAAGUCAUUGUGGUGUCAGUCCACUGCCUGUGGAUCUGUUGGAGGAAGUCAACCAUGAGUUCUACCAGCCUUGUCUGCCGCAGAUCUUUGAACUGUUCAAUCGAAAGAAGGGCGGGGGAGGCAAGAACAGCGAGAAGCCGUUUUUGGGACUCCCCUGGAAGUCUGCCUACAUUCAGCCGGGCACCGAUUCAUACGACCGACAACACAAGUUGAAUGAGUUGAUGGGCUUUGAAGAAAUCAUGAGCAAAGAAAGUCUGCAGGACCCGGCAUCAAAGCAUUUCCCUCCUAAGACUUCCGAAACCAACUAUUUCGGUUACGCCGAAGGCGAGACCAAGCCUUAUAUCCAAGACUUGAUCAACGACGCGGCUGAGGGUAAAAACCGAUUGUUCCUGUCACAUCUCACCACUUCGACACACCAUCCCUGGUCCCUGCCCAAGAAUUUCGUCAAGAAGCAAUACAUGGGUAGCGAAGGCAGCGUUGACCACAAGUCGAUGAAUGAUUAUCUCAACACGAUUCGCUUUGUCGAUGACUGGCUGGGAGAGAUGCUGGGUCUUCUUGAUGAAGCCGGAAUCAGCAACAACACCUUGGUGGUGAUGGUUGGCGACCAUGGACAAGCCUUUAGCGAAGAUUCCAAGACGACUGGAACCUUUGAAAACGGACAUAUCAGCAACUUCCACGUACCGCUGCUAUUCAGAAACCCCAAUCUCCCACACAUUGACGUGUCAGCGAAUGCGACGUCUCUCUCCAUCAUCCCCACAAUCCUAGACCUUCUCGUGCAAUCCGAGUCAUUGGACGAGCAGGACUCUGUCGUCGCCUCUGCCCUAGUGCCCGAGUUCCAGGGCCAAUCGUUGAUCCGACCGUUCCGAAAUGAACGGGAAGAAGACGGACAGCCAUUGUGGAACAUGGCGCUGAUCAACGGAGGCGGCUCGAUUCUCGGGAUUACCUCGGCCAAUUCGCCCUACCGUCUCAUUCUCCCUCUGAAAGAGGAGUUCAACUUCCGCUUCACGAACCUGGAGAAGGAUCCUGGGGAAACCCGGCCAAUCCAGGCGUGGACGGUGAACCAUCUCGUCUCCUUGGUGACCAAAGACCACGGCAGAGAAGCCGCGGCUUGGUUGGAGGAGGCCGAGCAGGUGGGAACGUGGUGGGUGGCCGAACAAAAACGACUAUGGGAUUACCGGAAGGAGUGA